AUGGCACAAACUUUGUUGAUGCCUUCAUUUUGGAAUACUGUUGUGUUUGCCCUUAAGGUCUCGGGUCCUCUUGUCAAAGUGCUUAGAUUGAUUGAUACCGAGAAGAAACCUCCCAUGGGAUACAUUUAUGAGGCAAUAGAUAGGGCAAAAGAAUGCAUUGCAAGUUCAUUUGAUCAUAAAGAAGAGAAGUAUAAUGAAAUCUUUGAAAUCAUCGACAAAAGAUGGGAUGUCCAAUUGCAUCGGCCUUUACAUGCAGCUGCGCAUUUUCUUAACCUAGAAUUCUUUUACCCAAAAGCAUUAGAGGUGCAAAAAGAUCAUGAAGUAAUGAAUGGGUUUUAUGAAUGCAUGCAAAGGUUGGUCCCGGAUGUCACUGUUCAAGAUUUGAUCACUAAUGAGAUGAGUAUUUAUAUGAAGGCUGAAAGUCUUUUUGGCAAGUCUGUUGCGAUUAGGCAAAGAAAUACAAGAGCACCAGCUAAUUGGUGGGCAUCAUAUGGUUCUUAUACUCCAAACUUGCAAACUUUUGCCAUAAAACUUCAUAGCAAGAAAAGAAAUAGAUUAGCUUCUAGAGUAGAAGAAAGUAGCCAUGCAAGUAGAGCAACAAGUUCACGCUCAAAGGCACAACCGAGGAUAUCUAAAUCAUCAACAUUGACUCCACUUCAAUUAAAAGAUGAAGAGGAAGCGGGCUCAGAUGACACAGAGGAGGAAGAUGUUGAGGGAUAUAAAUCAACUGAUGGAGAAGAAGAUGUUGCCAUUGAUGUUGAGGAUGAUGAUUGA